AUGCAUCUCUCUCCCACCGCAGAUUUCCUGGGGAAGGAAGAAACCCACUUUGAGCACCUGGCGGAGCUCCGAGGGAUCCCCUACCGGAGCAGUUUGCAGCAGCCCAGUUCUGGCUACUCCCGCCUGCUGACCCCCAUUCUGGAACAGCUGUUCAAAAGCAGCUUUCAGAACUCGCCCCUGGACGGCAGCUGCUCCAGGUGUACCGUCUUGCAGUACAGGGAGGUCAAUGGCAGCCUCAUCGUCCGCUUCCACCUCUGCUUCUCUGCACCACCACCCAGCCCUGGCAUGGAAGAGGACAUCCUGAGGCGGGGACUGGCAGCGGCCGUGGGCAUCGAGGGCAUCAGGGUGCCCGCCCAAGGCACCAUCUCAGCUGCCUCCCUCUUGGGAAGCUGUCCGGGGGAGGCCUUUGCCUGCCGCAACGGCCAGUGUGUGGCCUCAGGAAGUGUGCAGUGCGAUGGGCAGAAAGACUGCCCGGAUGGCUCUGACGAGGCCGAGUGUGACUGUGGGACCCGGCCAGCCAUGCGGUCCGCCACCCGGAUCGUGGGGGGAUCAGAGGCGCUACUGGGCGAGUUCCCAUGGCAGGUCAGCCUGAGAGAGAGCAAUGAACACUUCUGUGGGGCAGCCAUCCUGACGGCCAGCUGGCUGCUCUCCGCUGCACACUGCUUCAACGAGUUCCAGGAUCCCCGCACCUGGAUGGCGCAGGUGGGCAGCGUCUGGCUGAGUGAUGGUGAGGGCAACCGGGCACAGGCCAAGGUGCUGCGCAUCCUCCGGCACCCUUCCUACAACACGGAGAGCGCUGACUACGAUGCAGCCCUGCUGGAGCUGGCAGAGCCCCUCGCCUUCAGCAAAUACGUCCAGCCCGUGUGCCUGCCAGCCCCCUCCCACCGCUUCCCCCCUGGCAGGAAGUGCCUCAUCUCCGGCUGGGGGUACCUGAAGGAAGACUUCUUGGUGAAGCCGGAACUGCUGCAGAAAGCCACAGUGGAGCUGCUGGAUCAGGCUCUGUGCAGCAACCUGUACGGCAGCAGCGUGCUCACCGACCGGAUGAUGUGUGCCGGCUAUCUGGAGGGCAAGAUCGACUCUUGCCAGGGGGACUCCGGGGGCCCGCUGGUCUGCCAAGAGCCCUCCGGGCGCUUCUUCCUCGCGGGCAUAGUCAGCUGGGGCAUCGGCUGUGCGGAGGCCAGGCGCCCAGGCGUUUACACCCGUGUGAUCCGGCUCCGGGACUGGAUCCUCGAGACCACGGCUGCAUCCAGGGGCCCCACCACCUCAACCAUCCCGCUGGGCCCUGGGCUUCCUCAUCCAGACCCAACCCUGGGCGCAAGCGCAGCCGGCCUGCAGCACCCCAGCUCCACCCCCAGCUCUGCCUCCCUGGCCCCAAGCAGGCCGGCAGCCCCAGGCCCCCAACCCUCAGAGUGCGGUCGGCGGCCUGGUUUCUCCAAGCCCACGAAAAUUGUGGGUGGCCUGGAAGCGUCCCGUGGGGAGGUCCCUUGGCAAGUCUCCCUGAAGGAGGGUCUCCAGCAUUUCUGUGGAGCUGCCAUCAUUGGGGAGCGAUGGCUGCUUUCAGCUGCACAUUGUUUCAACAACAUCAAGGUGGGACACCUCACUGCCUUUGCGGGCACCACCUCACUCUCAGCCAUGGACAGCUCUUCUGUGAAGGUCGGCAUCCAACAGGUGGUGCUCCACCCUUCUUACAAUCCCACCCUGCUGGACUUUGACAUAGCAGUGCUGGAACUGGCCAGGCCGCUGCGCUUUGGCAAAUACAUCCAGCCCAUCUGCCUCCCGCUGGCCAUCCACAAGUUCCCCGUGGGCAGAAAGUGCCUGGUCUCGGGCUGGGGCAGCCUCCAGGAUGGCAACGCUUCUCAGCCCGAGAACCUGCACCGAGCCGCAGUUGGGAUCCUUGAGCAGACGACCUGCGAGGGACUGUACAACGUCUCCCUCUCGGACCAGAUGAUCUGCGCAGGGUUCCUGGAGGGGCAGGUGGACGCCUGCCAGGGGGACUCGGGGGGACCACUGGCGUGCGAGGAGACCCCUGGAACCUUCUACCUGGCUGGGCUUGUAAGCUGGGGUGCUAGCUGUGGGCAGGCCAAGAAGCCGGGGGUCUACGCCCGGAUCACCAAGCUCAAGAACUGGAUCCUAGGCAUCAUUUCACCCCGUCUCAGCACCGCAGGGCCCCUCAGACCCGGGACCACCUCUGCCUCCACCGCCUCUGGCCUGGAGCAAAGGCCUACACGGCUUGGCCCAAGCGCUGGCCCUACCAUCUUGACCACACCCGGGCUGGCAGUCAGUGCCCCCAAGGCCACCCAGCCGCCAGCCGUGCCAUGCACCCCGUCCACAUUCAAGUGCUCCAGCAAGGUCUGCAUCGGGAAAGCAAACCCCGAGUGUGACGGCACCGUUGACUGCAACUGCGGCUUGGCCCCCGCUGCAGCCUUCAGCAAGAUCGUGGGGGGCAGCAGCGCAGCGCAGGGCGAGUGGCCGUGGCAGGCGAGCCUGUGGUUGCGGCGAAGGCAGCACUCGUGCGGAGCUGUGGUGAUCGCCGAGCGGUGGCUGCUCUCUGCUGCCCACUGCUUCGACAUCUACAGCAACCCCAAGAUGUGGGUGGCUGUCCUGGGGACGCCCUUCCUGAGUGGCCUCGAUGGGCGAGCAGAAAAGAUCGCUCGGAUCCACAAGCACCCCUUCUACAACGGCUACAUGCUGGACUACGACGUGGCUCUGCUGGAGCUGGCGGCCCCCCUGCGCUACACCAGCGCCGUCCGGCCCAUCUGCCUCCCAGACCGCACCCACGUCUUCAGCGAGGGCAGGCCCUGCGUCAUCACCGGCUGGGGCUCCACCAGAGAGGGGGGCUUCGUGACCACACGUCUGCAAAAGGCUGAUGUUCAGGUGAUCCCGGAGCAGGACUGCCGGAGCUUCUACCCCGUCCAGAUCAGCAGCCGGAUGCUCUGUGCUGGCUUCCCACAGGGGGACGUCGACAGCUGCUCGGGAGAUGCAGGUGGCCCCUUGGCCUGCAGAGAGCCGUCUGGCCGCUGGUUCCUGGCAGGCAUCACCAGCUGGGGCUACGGCUGCGCCCGGCCUUCCUUCCCUGGGGUCUAUGCCAAGGUGACAGCAGUCCGAGGCUGGAUUGCACAGAACCUCAAGGCGUAA